AUGAGGAUUAGUGGUUCUUAUCUUCAGUGGCUUCUGUUCCUUUUGAUUAUUCAAUAUUCAAAUGGCUGCUUUGAGAAUGAGAGAAAUGCACUUCUAAGCUUCAAACACAGCAUUACUUUUGACGCAUUCAACUCUCUUUCCUCGUGGGGAGGCAGUAGAGAUGAUGAUGACUGCUGCAAAUGGAAAGGAAUUGGCUGCGAUAACACAACAGGCCAUGUUGUUGCUCUACAUUUGGGGAGUCAAGACUUACAAGGUGAAAUCAGCCCUUCCUUGCUUCAUUUACCGUUUCUCAAUUUCUUGGAUCUUAGUUUCAAUGAAUUUGAUACAAUUCCGAGUUUCAUUGGCUCUCUCAACAACUCGGUCCAUCUUGAUUUUUCUCAUAAUACUUAUUUGUUCGGGAAUGUCGUCCCUCCUCAUUUGGGAAAUAUUUCCACUUUGAAAUAUCUUCACCUUGGCAACAGUCUUGAAUUAAAAGUAGUUGACACCUUGGAAUGGAUUUCUCAUCUUUCUUCCUUGGAGUAUCUCAAUAUGGAUUCGGUAGACCUUCAUUCUGUUUCAGAUUGGCUUCAAUCAAUUUCAAAGCUUUCUUUGCUGAGAACACUAAGCCUAUCUUCCUGCAGCCUUCCAAGUCCCCCAUCAUCACUUUUGCACAUCAACUCUUCUAGCUUCCUACAACACUUGUCUUUACAGUAUGGAAAUAUAGCAACUUUUCCCCUACUGAAUUUAUGGCUAAACCAAAGCUACUUCCUUCAAUAUCUGGACCUUUCCGGUAAUGUUUUGGUAGGUGGCGAUAAGGACAUCAAAUUCUUGAGGCAUCUUGACAAGUUGAAAAUUCUAGAUUUAUCGUCCAACUCUUUUUCUUUCAACUUUUCACAACUUAUUUUAAGUUGUGAAAAAUUGAUAGAGAUUUUGAGAUUGAAUGAUAACAAAAUUGUGGGAUCACUGGAUGAUACCAUAGAGUUUAAUUCCAUAAGAGAAUUGAAAUUGGAGAACAAUCAACUUUCUGGUUCACUACCUGACAUGUCAACAAUGUUGUCCUUACAAAUUUUGGCAAUUGGCAAUAAUCACUUCCAUGGAAACUUAAUGGGAAGUAACAUCGGCCACCUCUCCAAUCUCAAAUUUCUAGAUGUUUCUUCAAAUUCUUUGAAUGGAGCCAUAUCUGAAAUCAGCUUCUCUAAUUUUAGCAAAUUGGAUGUGCUCAUCCUGUCUGAUAACUCUUUGACACUGAAUUUAGACACCCACUGGAUUCCCCCAUUUCAGUUAAGAGGUCUAGGCCUCAGAUCUUGUGAGUUGGGUCCCAAAUUUCCUAAUUGGCUCCACACACAGACAAAACUAGAUACACUUGAUGUCUCAAAUAAUGGAAUUUCAGAUCUCUUUCCUCAAUGGAUCACCAACCUAUCCAACUUACGUUAUUUGAUUGCUUCUCAAAACAGAAUUCGUGGAAAAUUACCAAACAUACCAUCAACUUUCAAUCUAUUAGUAGACUUUAGCAACAAUUUGCUAGAAGGUCCUAUACCAAACAAUUAUUCAGGAUUAUUUACACUGAACCUUUCCAAAAAUAAGCUUUCUGGAACCAUUUCAUUUCUGUGUACAAAUAUUUCUGUAUGGCUUUGUCAACUUGACCUUUCAAACAAUUUCUUUACCGAGAAAAUUCCUGAAUGUUUGGGGAAAUUUAAGUACUUGUAUAGUUUAAACUUGGCAAAUAAUAACUUCUUUGGUGAAAUCCCCUUAUCCAUAGGACACUCGGAUACAAUGGAAUCACUACAUUUGAGAAACAAUAGGUUUUAUGGGGAAUUUCCUGUGUCUCUACAAAAUUGCACUUCAUUGCUGGUUUUGGAUCUUGGAAAUAAUUAUUUAACUGGGGGUAUUCCUGCAUCGAUAGGAGAAAGCUUAAAAGAGUUGAAGAUCCUUUGCCUGGAUUCAAAUGAACUAAAAGGAUCAAUCCCAAUUAAUAUCUGCCAACUUCAAUCCAUUCAAAUAAUGGAUUUGUCUUCGAACCAUUUAUCUGGUUCCAUUCCAACUUGCUUCAAUUCAUUAAUGACUAAAUAUGAUGAAUGGAUGCCAAGUAUGGAGACCUAUGGGAUUGUUGACUCUCUCGAAGAAGUUUUCUUUGAUUAUGAAUGGCUUAUGUGGAAGGGUAUAGAGGUGGAGUAG